AUGGCCAAGGAGACUAGUAGUGAGAUUUCUUUUCAGACGGCUGCCAAUGUCGCCAUGCGUAUCGAGGAUGUUCUUUCACAGGAGAGAGGCCAAGGGUCUGACAAGAGGCCUUGUCAUUCCGGUUGUUUUAGUGGCGCCUUGUCUGGAGGCAGGGUGUUGGGCAAUGAAAAAUAUUUUUCACCCCUUAACUCCACUUCUAUUAAGAAAGCUAAAGAAAGAUUUAUGUCUAUUGAUCCGACUAAGCUUCGAGAUCCACCAAUGCCAUCCUAUACUUUUACUAUUUACCAUCGUGAUGUAUUUAAAAAAUCAAAGUUCAAGGAUUACGACUCAUUACUUGAAAAUAGACUUGCUCGAAGUCAUGCUAGAGCAAGUUCAUUGGCAUCGAUUAUUGAAAAUGAAAAUCGAAUUGGUGAAAAUGAAACUCUGACAAGGCAACACAACGCGCAAGGGAGCAAGAUUGACCGCGAAAAGGUUCCAAAAUCAACAAGUACAUACUUCGCAAAUGGUGAGUAUGUUGCAUCUUUUAGGCUUGGUAGUCAAGAAAGUCGAAAGUAUUCCGAAAAUUGCUUUUUACAUGGAGAAAGAUGUUUAGAAGAUUUGGACCUAAGUUAUAAGUGUACUAGUGAUCAUAGUUGUACCUAUUAUGUUAAAUACGGGGAUGGAGCAAGAACAAAAGGUUUUAUGGCAGAUGAUGUGAUUACUUUUGUUUUAGACCAAAGACCAGUUAGGAUUAUACUUGGAUGUAGCAAAGAUCAAACAAGUGGAACUACUUUUAGUGGUGAAUAUUCUGGAAUUGCUGGCCUUGGGCGUAGAAAAAUCAUGGGUGGAUAUUCUUUACCAACACAAUUUGGAGCGGAUAUAAUGUCCAUGUGUCUCCCAGGAUUUUAUUCAGCAACAGGAUCUUCACUUAACUUCCAUACAACCAAAUGGCCAAGAGCAACAUCAGCAAAACUAUUACUAAAUAUCAAGUAUCCUUCGUUUUACUUUGUCAAUCUUUAUAAAGUUUUCAUUAAUGAUAGGGAAGUUGAACUGAGCCCAUCAUGGUGGAACUUUAAAAAAGAUUUGACCGGUGGAAUCUUCGUGGAUACAGGAACAGUUAUUUCCUACUUUCCUCAGGAGUUUUACACUAUAUUUCGUUACAUAUUUAGAGAAGAAGUACGAGAUAUUCCUUUGGUUGAUACUCCAGCUGCAGGACCUUUAGACACUUGCUAUAAAGAGGAUCCGAGUGGUCGUGAACUUAACUUUCCUGUUGUGAAGUUGUACUUUGGUAGCGUAAGCCCGAGUAACAUGUUGUUACUAGCAAAAGAACGAGUUAUUCUGCACUUGCGUGGACAAUAUUGUCUGGCUUUUGCGGGUUGGGAUAGAUCCUUCGCAAUAUUAGGAAGUUAUCAACUUCAAGGUGUCGGAUUAACUUUUGAUACUUCGGCAAACACUUUGUCCUUUGAUAUAGAUGCAUGUAAUUGA